CGUGCUAAUAAUCUCCUCCACUCCUUGCUUGUUCGCGCUCAACUCAACGCACGCUACCAUAUCCAAUUCCAUUCCAUUCCAAACCCCACCUCUCUCUCUCUCUCUCUCUCGCCAUGGCAGGUGCAGCCUUCGAUCUCUCCUCCCCGUACUCCUCGUCGCCGGCCCCUCUCUCCUCUCGCCGCGCCACCUCCCUCCUCCUCCUCCGACGCCCGCACCGCCCCACCUUCCGCUGCUCCCUCGACGCCGCCCCAAAGCAGGCGCAAGGCCCACCCGCGGCGGUCGCGGCGGAGGAGGCGCCGGCCACGCGCAAGGAGUGCUACGGCGUCUUCUGCACCACCUACGACCUCAAGGCGGAUGAGAAGACCAAGUCCUGGAAGAGCUUAGUGAAUGUUGCUGUGUCAGGUGCAGCCGGGAUGAUAUCAAACCAUCUACUUUUCAAACUUGCCUCUGGUGAGGUGUUUGGACAGAACCAGCCAAUAGCACUUAAGUUGUUGGGCUCUGAAAGAUCAAUACAAGCACUUGAAGGUGUGGCUAUGGAAUUGGAGGAUUCACUGUAUCCAUUACUAAGGGAAGUCAGCAUUGGUAUAGACCCUUACGUAGUUUUUGAAGACGCAGAAUGGGCUCUCCUAAUUGGGGCUAAGCCUAGAGGCCCUGGAAUGGAGCGAUCUGCCUUACUAGAUAUCAACGGUCAAAUCUUUGCUGAACAGGGGAAAGCACUUAACGCCGUGGCAUCUCGGAAUGUGAAAGUCAUAGUUGUGGGAAACCCCUGUAACACUAAUGCAUUGAUUUGUUUAAAGAAUGCUCCGAACAUACCUGCUAAAAACUUUCAUGCGUUGACGAGGUUGGAUGAAAAUAGAGCCAAAUGCCAGUUGGCACUAAAAGCGGGUGUAUUUUAUGACAAAGUAUCAAAUAUGACAAUUUGGGGGAACCAUUCAACAACUCAGGUUCCUGAUUUUUUGAAUGCUAAAAUUAAUGGAAGACCAGUGAAAGAAGUCAUUAAAGACACAAAGUGGUUAGAAGAGGAAUUCACCAAAACAGUUCAAAAGCGUGGAGGAGUCCUCAUUGAGAAGUGGGGCAGAUCUUCAGCUGCAUCAACUGCCGUUUCCAUAGUGGAUGCUAUUAGGUCGCUUGUAACUCCUACACCAGAAGGCGAUUGGUUCUCUACUGGGGUUUAUACGACUGGAAAUCCUUAUGGCAUAGCAGAGGACAUCGUGUUCAGCAUGCCAUGCAGGUCAAAGGGUGAUGGUGACUAUGAACUAGCUAAAGAUGUGGCAAUGGACGAUUUCCUCUGGGAACGGAUCAAAAAGAGUGAAGCUGAACUGCUCGCCGAGAAAAGAUGCGUUGCCCAUCUUACAGGAGAGGGCAAUGCAUUUUGCGAUCUUCCAGGAGACACCAUGCUUCCAGGAGAAAUGUAGACUUGUUGCGGUAACCCACCCUGGCUUGUGUUAGUUCACAGGGGUUCCCGACGGAAACACACACACAUACUAGCUGUAGUUGAGAAAAACAACUGCUUGCAGGAUGGAGCAGUUAUUUAUAUGCAUGUAUAUUUAAUAAGGAUGCCAUAGAAAUUUCAACUAUGUUGCCAGAGUUUAUACGCUAAUAUAAUGCAAUCAAAUGAUAAAUAAAUGCAACGUAUGUUUUUUUUUCAAGCUUUGUAAAGUAAAGCAUUUCAGCUUAUAUUCAGGACGACAACGCAAGUGUUGUACAAAAUAUAGCUGUAAACAUUUUCUUUAUCGCCAGAUACCUGCGACCGACAAAUGCAACAGAGCGUUUUCUA